UUGCCCUUGUGAUUGUAUUUUCUUCAUCAUUACUAUUUUCAAUUUUAUUUGGCCCGUCACGUUUUUCUACUCUCUUUCUUCUUCUAUUCUUCAGUAUUUAACCAACACACAAUCCACAAUGCAUUCCCAUCUUCUUCAACCUCUCUCUCUAUAUAUACCAAGGCCUUGUGAUCUAAACUAAAUUCAAUCCAACUUUAACAUGCUUUAGUUGAUUGCUGCAUUAUUUGUUUAGUUCGAUUCAGUUUUUUCUUUUACUGGUACUGAGUUGUCGUUUUUGUGAUUUUUGAUCGCGGCGGAGAAGUGUUGGUUGAGUUUGCAGGUUUUGGUGUGGAAAUGUUCGGGGCUGGGACGAGUAGAGGGCAGGGGAGCGGUGAGCCGGUGGGACCCGUUUUGGUUUCGAGGCGUUUUGUUUGGCCUCACGGUGGAAGAAUGGUGUUUCUAACAGGUUCCUUCACGAGAUGGCAGGCAAUUGUACCUAUGUCACCCAGGGAAGGAUGUCCGACUGAAUUUGAAGUUAUUUGCGCCUUAACGCCUGGAUAUCAUAAGUACAAAUUUAAUGUAGAUGGUGAGUGGCGGCAUGAUGCGCAUCAGCCAUUUGUAUAUGGGGACGAUGGGAUAUUUAAUAUUUUUUAUGUAGGGAGACAACCAGUUAUUUUUCCUCCUAUCUUAAGUGCUGAAACACCUGGUCGAUCCCACAUGGAGGUUGACAACGAUGUCGUUGGGCAUGUGGAAGCUAAACCCAGGAUGUCAGAGUCUGAUCUGCAGGUCUCACAACAUCGUAUUUCGGUUUUCUUGUCUACACAUACUGCUUAUGAGUUGCUUCCCGAGUCAGGCAAGGUUGUUGCCUUGGAUACAACUUUACCAGUUAAGCAAGCAUUCCAUACUCUUUAUCAAGAAGGAAUAUCUACAGCUCCUGUGUGGGAUUCUAGCAAGUGCCAGUUUGUUGGAAUGCUUAGUGCUAUGGACUUCAUUUUAAUACUAAAAGAGUUGGGGAUUCAUGAAACAAACAUGACUGAAGAACAACUUGAGACACAUACUAUAGCAGCAUGGAGAGAGGCAAAGGAACAAGAAGGCGCAAUUGAUAGCAGAGGGAAAAAAUACCCUCAACAUUUAGUUCAUGCUGGGCCCCUUGAGUGUCUAAAAGAUGUUGCUUUAAAAAUUUUGCAAAACAAGGUGGCAACAGUUCCUAUUAUCCAUUCCUCUUCAGAGGAUGGUUCAUUUCCUCAGCUGCUACACCUUGCUUCCCUCUCAGAAAUACUAAAAUGUAUAUGCAGGCAUUUUAAGCACUCUUGGGAUUCCUUGCCAAUUCUUCAGCUACCAAUUAGUAUGUUACCUAUAGGUACAUGGGUGUCAAAAUUGGGGGAAUCCAAUAAACAGCCACUUGCUAUGCUAUGGCCACAUGCUUCUCUUAGUGAAGCUCUGUCUCUGUUGAUUCAAGCUGGAAUUAGCUCCAUACCAAUUGUGGAUAUUAAUUAUUCAUUACAAGAUAUCUAUUCUAGAAGGGACAUUAUUGCCUUGGUUAGAGAUAAAAUUUAUGCAAGGAUAGAUCUGCAUGGGUUUAGUAUCCAUCAGGCAUUGCUUUUGGGACGAGAUGCAGGUUUUCCCAGCGGGCUCCCGAAUGGGCCGAGAUGUCAUAUGUGUUUGAGAUCUGAUUCAUUAUACCAAGUGAUGGAGCGGUUGACAGACCCUGGUGUUAGAAGACUGGUGGUUGUGGAGGCGGGUACCCUGCGUGUGGAAGGUAUCAUUUCCAUUGGUGACAUCUUCAGAUUCUUGUUAUGCUGCUAGUUGGGGAGAUAUAGCUAUCAUUUUGAAUAAAGGGAAUAAUUGCAGUGCAAGCCCCGGAAAGUACUUGUUCUAUCAAAACUAUUUAUUUUAUCUCAGUUAUUUAUGAACCUGCCAUCGUUAUUUGCUUCAUUUUGGUCUUUGGUUACUUACACGGGCACCUUCAGCUGUGACCCGAAAACUACUCUAAAUUCAGGGAUUAGUUAUUUAUCCUUUAAACAA